UUCAACAUUACCAACAAAAUCAGUGAACAAAAUAUUUAUCUGGUUAUCCUCGAAGGAACGUAUCACUAACUAUAAUGGAAUACUUAUGACUUUGCUCACACUGCGGACCAUGAAUUACCUACUUACAAGUUACAACUUUACAAGAAUAGGAAGUGAAUUAAAUUCGUAUGGGAAUCUCAUAGGCUUCACCAAGUAAACAGGAACAGCUGAUCAAUAUUGUGAGACAAAUGUGACUCAAGUGUGAAUUUUCGGCGCCAAAUCAGAUGUGCAAUGUUCUUUGUUUACAUAACAGUGUUUAGUUGACGACAAAACUAGUUUUUAUUUUAUCAAGAUCCAAAACAAACGGAAUUUGGAAUAAGUUUUGUUUGAGUUCCCCAUGAUAAUCGGAUAAACACUGAUACCCUAAAAAUUGGUUGCAGUCAAAAUGCCAUCGCUUUUAGAAGCGCUAGAGCGCAAGUACGGGGCGAAGGGUGAAGUGAAUCCGCCCAUAGAUGACAUGCCAGUGGCCAUCUUUGUGCCCAAGAGAUCUCCAAGACUCAGUGUGCCAACUCUUCUGGUCCUAAACGACUGUGAUAUAGACUGCGCAGGAGAUGCCUGUGCUUUAGCUGAUAAAUGUGCUGAUGUGGUCGAACUCGAUCUCGCUAACAACAAACUAACAGAUUGGAAGGAGGUUUUCGCUGUGCUCGAGCAGACUCCGCGCGUUCGCUUCCUGAACUUGUCGUUCAACCGACUGUCGGCGCAGAUCCAGGCGGCGCAGGCCCUGCGACCGCGGUGGGACAGUCUCAGCAACCUCGUGCUGAACUCCACGUACGUGGGCUGGCCCAGCGUCCACGCACUGCUCAAGUCUCUACCAGCUCUAGACGAGCUGCAUUUGAGCCUCAACGAGUACACCUAUGUGGAUCUGAGCGGGAAGGAAAUAGACGUGAAGGAGAAGUGCGAUGCGUGCUCCAGACUGAACCUUCCCGAAAAUCAAGAGCCAGUCCAUGAGCAAUUGAAGAAGCUACACUUCUCUGGUAACCCAGUGAGUAGCUGGAGGGAGAUAUCCAAGUUGGGCUACGCCUUCCCGAAGCUGGAGACUUUGCUAGUCAACGACUGUCCCAUCACGACGCUGGCGCCUGAUCCGUGCGAGAAGUGCGACGACAGAAACGGAAACAAAAAGAGUCACGACGCCUUCCAGUGUCUCAGAUUUCUAAACCUCAACAACACGGGCUUAGCGACAUGGGACGAGGUGGACAAGCUGGCCCUAUUCCCGGCGCUGAAGAGCUUACGAGUGCAGGGCUGGCCUCUCUGGGAGCGCGUGGAGUCUACAGAACAUGAGCGGCGCCUGCUUCUGGUGGCUCGGUUGCCGCUCGUGAAGACCCUGAACGGGGGCGGCGCGGUGCCGGCCGAGGAGCGCGAGUCGGCGGAGAGGGCCUUCAUACGGUACUACAUGGAGAAGCCGGAGGCUGACCGGCCUGAUAGAUACUGGGAGCUGGUGGGCGUGCAUGGCAAGCUGGACCCGCUGGUGUCGGUGGACCUGCGGCCGGAGAAGCGCGUGCAGAUCACCUUCACGUGCGGGGACACCAGCGAGGUUCGCACCGUCGAUGUGUACAGAACGGUAUCUGAUCUAAAAGGGCGGCUGGAGCGUUUGGCCGGGUUCCCCGCGUCCAAAAUGCGACUCUUCUACGUAGAUCAAGAACUCCGCGACAGUCAGGGUCCAGAGGAGAUGAAGUACCCGACGAAGCAGCUGUACUCUUACAACAUCCGCUCCGGCGACGAGAUCAUCAUAGACUCCAAGUUCAAACACUCUAUCUCUGCUAACUCCACUGCCUCUGCCUAAGUAACCGUGCCUUCGAACGUAAACGCGUAAAACAGGAUAUUUUUGUUCAUAUACUUAAUAAAGUUAAUUUUUAUUCGCAUUUCA